UCCAAAGUAGGAUUUUAGUGUUAAAAUGUGCAGAAAAAGAAGAAAGUGCGUGUUGUCUUUUGUGGUUGGUUGCGUUAAUCCUUGCGUCUAGUUGGUGGAAAUCCCCACGUGGUUCCGACUCCUAUAAAAAAAAAAAAAAAAAACAACUUUGGAGUUUGGAGGUUUUGUAGAGGAUCCUGCAGACGGAGGUCGGAGUCUGAGUCGCAGACAUCUCCCCGCAGGACACCACGUCUUUCCACGCGAGCAGGACGCACGUUACCGGCGCGCAAAUUACCGCUCGUCACCGACUUCCGGACUGAGGACGAAGUUUGAAUGAAAAGGACGACUUUUCCAAUUCUUCUCGAACUUUUUGAUCUCCAAGUGACUCUUUCCGGAGGAUAUCCGUGGAUUGGACUCGCGGAAUAUGACGUCCUGCGGCCCGGUGAAGAUGACGGUGUGGUUCCUCCUCUGCCUGCUGUCGGUGCGCUCGGAGACUCAGAGCUCGUCCGCGGAGUCGACGUGCGCGUCGUGCGGCUUCCAGUCGGAGCGCGUCAACGUGGACUUCGUGGAGGCAGUGAAGCGGCACAUCCUCAACCGGCUGCAGAUGCGGGACAGACCCAACAUCACGCACCCCAUCCCCAAGGCCGCGAUGGUGACCGCGCUGCGGAGGCUGCACGCCGGCAAAGUGCGGGAGGACGGCCGGGUGGAGAUCCCGGCUCUGGACGGGCAGGCGUCCUUUAGCAGCGACCUGCGAGCGGAGACCUCGGAGAUCAUCAGCUUCGCGGACACUGAUGAGUACACAUCUUCAAAAUCCAGUCUCUACUUCCUCGUCUCCAACGAAGGCAACCAGAACCUGUAUGCGUCACAGGCCAACCUGUGGCUCUACUUCCGGGUCUUGCCAACUGGUCCCGACAAAGGCCUCCGAAGGAAGGUGACGGUAAAAAUCCGCUACCAGGAAGCUGUGAGUGAUGCAGAAGGAGACCUUGGAGGACAUGGUGGAGGCGGCACUGGUCGCUGGGCCCUGGUGGAAAAGCGUGUGGAUCUGAAACGCAGUGGUUGGCAUACGUUCCCCUUCUUGGAGGCUGUGCGGGCCGUGUUCGGCAAAGCUUCCCGCCGACAGGACCUGGAGGUGCACUGCGAGGAAUGCGAGACAGCUGGAGUGGCUCCGGUGCUGGUCGACUCCGGCGACCCCUCCCACCGACCCUUCCUGGUGGUCCGUGCAAGGCAGGUGGACGGUAAGCACCGCAUCCGCAAGCGGGGGCUGGAGUGCGACGGCACCAGCGGGGGCCUAUGCUGCAGGCAGCAGUUUUACAUAGACUUCCGUCUCAUCGGCUGGAACGACUGGAUCAUUGCACCGGCGGGGUAUUACGGCAACUACUGCGAGGGGAGUUGCCCAGCCUACAUGGCCGGCGUGCCGGGAUCAGCUUCAUCCUUCCACACGGCGGUGGUAAACCAGUACCGGAUGAGAGGCAUUAGCCCAGGUUCAGUCAACUCUUGCUGCAUCCCCACCAAGCUGAGUACGAUGUCCAUGCUGUACUUUGACGACGAGUACAACAUCGUCAAGAGAGACGUGCCCAACAUGAUCGUGGAGGAGUGUGGCUGCGCUUGAGUCUUGUUAUCCUCGUUGAACGGAAAGGCCUUUUGUACAGACGGGACAUUGUGGUACUGUACACAUGGACACAACAUCUGCACGUGCAGGCAAGACACAUCGUACUACAAUCAAGUAUCAUCAUCGCAGCUCGCACACGUCCACAUGAGUGUAUGUAUUUAUCCGACUGAGUGAUGUGCCGUCUGACUUUUGGAGUAGACAGCAUCGGGAGGAGAAGGGAAUGAUGAUCACCAAAUUGUACUUUUGUUCGCCAACGGCUCGCCAUCGCCGAACGGAAGGACGAUACGAAGCAUUGAAGGGAAGUGACAAGGUUGGCUCCCAGAAGUGCUCCUCAGACCCCCUAAGUACUUCAAGCACAUGAGAGACUUGUUUGUUUGUUUGUUUUUUUGAAGCACUGACAAUUCAUCAGCUGAUACAACUCAGAACAUAAGCACUUCACCAGCAUGCCGACAGACACAGUCUGCCCGUCCUCUGGUGGGUUUAGACCAGCAGCGCUUAAUGCCUCACAGGAUUACUCCCUCUGCACUGCAGCAGCAACGGAAAGUCCUCCACUAUAUUUUCUACUCGUAAUUACAGACCUUGCGUCUCAGUUUCAGGCCUGUCAAGAGUGCUGCGGGCGGGACUUGAUGACCCGACCAGACACAUCUCAGAAGUGCACUUCAAUUGUGCACAGAGAGAGAGAGACUGGGAUAGAACUCCUCUACUUCCUACUGCUCAUCAAGACCUUGCGGGACACUCGUUUCGACCCAGCGGGUCGCCACGGUGCAAUGCAGCACUUGGAGGAACUGAAAUGCACACCCUGAUUAGCACUUGUUUGAAUAUUUGCCUUCUUGCUGUCCAAUCAUGAAAUAAGUGCCACAUGAGCUAUGCAAUGUAUAGUAAACUCGACACAUGAUACAACACGCCCUGGUAGACGGAACACUGGGGGUGGGCGGUACUGCAGAGUGUGGUAUCCAUCUGAUACCAAGUAAAUACACGCAUACUCAUACUUUUAACUUGAAAUCCUUCAAAGUCACUGAAUGAUUUUUACUUUAAAUUAGUUGAUCAUGAUUAUAAUCAGACUAAAUCAGGUUUCAAUAAAGGUAUUUGUGAUCAAUGUAACAAUAUCCUGCUGACAACCAGCGUCCUCUGCAGUGAACAUUUGUGGAUAAUAGGGAUGUGAAUCACUUCACGAUUUUAUCGGAUCCAAUUCCGAUUUUUGGGGCAAUGAUUCGCUUCUCAAUUCAAAUUGAGUCUCACAAUAUUUUCUUAUAAUAUAAUUUAUAAUGAAACAUUUUCAAAUCAGGUUACAGUAGGAAGGGGAUUUGUAUGGUCCCAUUUGUCACAGUUUACCUGACACAUGAAACGUGACGAAUUGGGGGUGCGCAAUCCACUUUAGCCGCCAGACGGCAGUCGUGUUGAAUGUCUUAAAAUGUGUUUGGUGGCAAUUCCAACUUUGACUAUAGCGACAGAUUCUAUGUAAAGUAGCGCUUUCUAUCAUUGUCAGCAGACUGCUUUGCAAAAUAAUCACACUCCCACCUUCCUCUUACACGAGAUUUACCCAGAAAUGAGGCCAAAUGAAUCCCUUUCCUACCGUACAUAAGACCUGUGACUCCUGACGUCGCUGCUGACGUAUAACGUAUACAUGCAGUGAGAAAACAAGGACAUGGCCUAAAAAACUUUUUUAAAAUCAAUUCUUGAAAAUGAUGAAUAGAUUCAGAGUCCUAAUAAAUAGGAGAGAAUUGCGAUUCGGAUGUAAAUAGAUUUUUUUCUGCACCCCCUUUGCUGUUUUAUUCUAAAAUUUGCAAUGUGAAAACAUUCUGGUUCUCUGGAGGACAUUGUAAUAAAACAAUCAAAGUUAUGUAACAAUAUCAACAAAAUAAUACUAAUGUUAUCAGUUUUCGUUAGUAAUCUGUUCCAAAAUAUCAGAUGAAAACUGAAUGAUUUUGCCAUCACAAAUAAUAUACAUCCAAUUUAUCUGUUCCAAACAAUGUGACCAAAAAACAUAGAAUAGAACAGAGAAUAACCCUCAGAUCCAUCCUUUUUAGAAAUCCUGAAUCCAAACGGUGAUCUGGAUUGCCCUCAAAAUCUAUCACUUAUUCCUUUCCCAAUUCCUGAAAUUUCCUCAAACUUUCAUCCAAAUCCGCCCUUAACCUUUUGAGUUGUGUUGCUAACAAACAAACCAGGCGGAAGAAAUAAUUGUAGUUUUAUAGACAGAGAACAAUGUGAAAUACUCACUAAUUACAAAUGAAAUGGAUAAAUGAACAUUUAACACCACUUUUACAUUCAGGUUCGAGCCAAGUGGACGUCACCCUUGUACUUUGCUACCACUUAUUUCUGUGACCCCUUGGUGGAUUGUUUUGCAAAAAGUACAGCAACUCAGUCACCAACGUGCUGCUUGGGCGUGAGACGGUUUACAAAAUCCAGGGCAACAUUUUUUGUGGAUAAUUUAAUCGAAAAACGAAAACGGAGGUACCACCGGACGACCUGAUACAUCACGUACAAUUGUUUGUCGGUAGUGCAAGAUAAGUGAAGAAAAGUAAAAACUAUUAUUGGUAACCCUUCAAUGUACUUCUGUGUCUAAAAAUGUUUUCCUACACAUAAAUAUAGCAAUGUAACAAUAAGAACAACUAGAAAAUCUCUAACUCUCAAUGUUGCUCACUAACAAACAGCUAGAUGAUAGCAGUCUGUAAGUUUAUUAGUCAGCAACAUAUCGAGCUAGCUGGUUAUCCAAACAAAGUCCACAUUUUGUCUGUGCUUUCUUGUCCGUUGAUUGUUUUUUGGACACAUGUUGAUUGAGCAAAACUAAGAAAAUGUUGUAUAAAUGGUGGAAAACACAAAAAAGAGAAAAGUAAGCAUCAUGGUGACAGUGAUUCGGAUCACCCCCAAAAUCGCAUCACCCGUUCCUUAUAACAUUUAUGACAUUUCCUGCAAGUUUACUCAAAAAAUUGAGCUGCUUAGCUAACUAACUAAAAGACUGAAAAAUAUCGCUCUCCAGUACCGAUAUUGACACCGGCCUCGGUAUCACUGCUGUGGAUAUUCCGCUGGAUUCCGCCCACCCCUACUGAACGCUGUUUCUCUGAAUGUUUCUGUCUUUCUCCUGUUUUGCUUUCUCACUCUUUCUCUCGCCAGUCCUCGACUCUUAAUCAAUACUUGAAAUGUAAUCUUUCGCAGUCCUUUCUAAGGCGAAUGAUUGUUGUGAUGUUUGCACUGAAAAGUUGCAGGAUUAGUGAAACAAAAACUGCCAUUGAAAAGUUAUUUUUAUAGUAUGUUAAGUAUAUGUUUCAGAUGUAUUUUACAUAACCAAUGGAACCAAAGAGGCCAUGAUUUUUUUAGCUGUUGUACCAAGAGGUCAAUGUGUAAAAAUACUGUUUUGAUCGUUUGCAAAAGGCCUACUUAUAUCAGGGUACAAUACAUCAUUUUGUUGCUUACAUCUUUUUGUCAAUACACAACAUUUCAUCUUUUAAUUCUAUUUUUGUUUCAGUUUUCUAUUUAAUAAAACACUAUUUUUAGUUGCUGUUUAAGAAUCACACUAGCCAAACGAUGU